GCCGCGGCGGGAAAGGGCGCGGCCCCGCCGGCCCCAGCCUUUUCCCUCUCCCGUCCGUGCGCCUGCCUGCCUGCCUGCGUGCCUGCCUCGCUCUUGCUCCUGUCGCGUCGCGUCGCCGGGUGGCUGGCACGCACCGACCCGGCGGAGCCAAAAGGCCCCCCGCCGAAAACCACCCGGAUCGCGGCCGAUUUUUUUUCACCGGGUGGGAAAAGCCCUCCACGUUUUACGCCAGCGCGUCAGCUCGCCUGUUUGCCUGCCCACCCCCCCGCCUUCCCGUUUCGAGCUCCCCCCGCUCGCCCUCUCCCUCUCGCUCGCUGGCUCCUCACGCGCUCGCAGUCGUACACCAACCCGAGCCUCUCGCGCCUCACGGGGGCGCCGCGGCGACGGCGAGGGCGGAGGCCGGGCUAGGGUUAGGGUUUCCGGUCUAGCGAGCCCCCCGGUCCGAUCCAUGGACGGGGGCGCGGGCCCGGGCGCCGAGGUGCUCUCGCCGGGCGAGGCCGACUGGCCCCCCGAGCUCCGCCUCCCGCCGCCGCCGCCGCCCGCGCCGGCCGCGCUGCGCGGCUGGGCGCCCCCCGCGCCCCACCUGCACCUGCAGGUCCCGGCCGCGGCGGCGCCCAAGGAGGAGGAGGAGCGCCCGCCGCCUCGCCACGCGGAGGGGGGUUUUGACGACCAGCAGUUCCUCGGAUCGAUCAUGGGGGACGCGGCUCCGCAGCACCAGCAGCAGCAGCCGCCGCCCGCGGCCGCGGCGCCGGUGAAGAGGAAGAGGGGGAGGCCGCCGAAGAACAGGGACGGGGCGCCGCCGGCGCCCGCGCCCGCGCCGGUGAAGCCGGUGAAGAAGAAGGACGAGGAGGUCGUGUGCUUCAUCUGCUUCGACGGGGGCGACCUCGUGGUCUGCGACCGGAGGGGUUGCCCGAAGGUGUACCAUCCUGCGUGCAUCAAGCGUGACGAGUCCUUCUUCCGGGCUCGGGGCAAGUGGGAUUGUGGGUGGCACAUAUGCAGCAGCUGUGAAAAGGCAGUACAAUACAUGUGCUAUACCUGCACGUACUCCGUCUGCAAAGGGUGCAUCAAACAAGGAAAAUUCUUUGGUGUUAGAGGGAACAAGGGCUUCUGUGAUACAUGUUAUGGUACAAUAUUGUUGAUAGAAUCCAAAGAUGAUGGCGCAAAGGUUGGUGUUGAUUUUGAUGAUAAAAAUAGCUGGGAGUAUCUUUUCAAGUUAUAUUGGUUGGAUCUGAAAGGGAAGCAUUUAUUAACAUUGGAAGAGCUAAUCAGUGCCAAGAGCCAUUGGAGUGUCCCUACUACUGCUGGUAGGAGAGAGAAAGAGGAGUCGUCUGAUGAUUUAUAUGAUGCAAAUGAUGACCAAAAUGCUAGUUUUGACAUCUCUUCGAGGAAACGAAGACGGAAUAAUUCUUCAGGAAAAAGAGGACAGAAACGCAAAAAAGACAGUAGUAUUACUGCUAGGCAGUGUGGAAUCUCAAUCAACAGUGCUGGAAGCUUACCAAAUGGAUCGAAAAGUGAAGGGAUGUCCUUGCCAGGUGUUACAGAAUGGGCUUCAUCUGAGCUAUUGGAGUUCAUUGGACACAUGAGAAAUGGUGAUAGUUCCUAUAUUUCCCAGUCUGAUGUCCAGGUUCUUUUGCUUGAAUAUAUAAAGCAAAAUAACCUCCAUGAUCCUCGCAGAAGAAGUCAAGUGAUGUGUGAUUCAAGGCUUAGGAAUUUGUUUAGAAAACCACGUGUUGGUCAUUUUGAGAUGUUGAAGCUUUUGGAGAUGCAUUAUCUUGUGAAACAGACUCCAACAUUAAAUGCAGAUAGUCAACGAGCAGUUGAUUCAGAUUCUGCUGAAGCAGACGCUGGAGGAUAUAAUGAGUUGAUAGCUAAGUUAGGUUCUGAUAAGAGAAGGAAGGCUCAUAAGAAGAUUGAAAGAGAACUGACAACUAAUCUAGAGGAUUAUGCAGCCAUUGACAUGCACAAUAUCAAUUUAAUUUACUUGCGUCGCAGCUUGCUGGAGGAUCUUAUUGACAAUGAUGCUGCAUUCUCUGACAAAAUUGCCGGUUCUUUUGUGAGGAUAAGAAUUUCUGGUCUUGGCAACAAGCAAGAUAUGUACCGUCUAGUGAAAGUUGUUGGUACACCUAAGGUUGCAGAGCGAUACAGUAUCGGUAAAAAGACAACAGAUUAUGCUCUCGAGAUAUCAAAUUUAGAUAAAAAAGAGGUUAUCACAAUGGAUACGAUCUCAAAUCAAGAUUUCACAGAGGAGGAAUGCAAGCGCUUACGUCAGAGUAUGAAGUUUGGUCUAACCACCCGGUUAAAAGUGGUAGACAUCUAUGAGAAAGCUAAAAUCUUCCAAUCUCUGCGAUUUAAAGAUUGGUUGGAAAAUGAGAAACAGAGGCUGAGCCAUCUUCGUGAUCGUGCUAGUGAAACUGGACGUCGAAAGCAAUUGAGAGAGUGUGUAGAAAAGUUGCAGCUUCUGGACACUCCUGAAGGAAAAGCCCGUAUGAUUAAUGAAGUGCCAGAAGUACAUGCUGAUCCCCACAUGGCUCCAAAUUAUGAAUCUGCUGAAGAACAGGAUUAUAAGAAAGCCGUUGAUUGGACCAUAAAUAGGAAUGGACCAGAUCUAGAAAGAAAAGGAGCACAAUCGAAUUCUGGGGAGAGUCAUAUGCAGAAGUGCCUGGAUGGAAGCAGUUACACGAGUAGUGCACCAACAGAGGAUGUGGGCCAUAAAUCAGGAGCUGGAAGUAACAUUAAUUUAAACAAGACAGCAGAGCCUGCAUUGCUUGGGGCUGUAUCAAAUAACACUGAGCCAGAACAAGUUUGGCACUACAAGGAUCCUAAGGGAACUGUUCAGGGCCCGUUUACUCUUUCGCAGUUAUCCAAGUGGGUAACUUACUUCCCACGCAACCUGAGAAUAUGGCUCACAUUUGAGAGUGAAGAGAACUCACUUCUGUUGACUGAAGUGCUCAAAAAACAGCAGACAGAUUUCGUUCAGCCUUCAGCAGUCUCUACCAGUGAUAAAUCAAUAUGGGCAGGCACAGGGCAAGAUAGAAUCAACUCAAAUUUAGUUGCAAAUAACUCUUCCUCCCCUAUUGGUUAUAAUGCCGUGUAUUCUUAUGCACCAUCUAGGCAGUUUGCUGAGGGUUCUGAUACUACAAAAGAAGAUCCAAAGCCUCUGGGUGCAACUUUACCAUGGAGGUCACUGAAUGAUGCUCACACUUUGCAUGGCAAGGUUCAGCAUCAGGUUAGCUAUUCAUCAACCAUUCUAUCUUCAGCAGGUUCAUAUGCAGCACCUAGCUCUCAUGAUAGUCGUCAGGACAAUGGUGGUAUGUGGAAUUCAACCAUAGCGCCCAUGAAUGAUAGUCGCAAGAGUAAUGUGGAGCAGCAUCCUGAUGGUUGUACUAUGGAGGACCAAUUGCAAACUGACACUAUGAGUAAUCUGCAUAAAGUUUCAGUUCUUACUGCACAACAAUCUGAGAGGGACCCUGCUACUUCUCAUAGUACUACAAGUCUGCCAGAGUUCAAAGCCAUGUGCCAGCAGGAACGCAGUUACUGGAGUUCAGCAAUAAAUACUGGUGCUCAUGACCUGCAGUUAUCUAUUGCUUUAGCAAAGCCUGAGAGCUGUUCUCCAACAAAUCCUGUUGAAGACAGAGAUUCGAGUUCUGCUUCUGUUGUGUCUAUUCAGUCAGGAGCUCCUGCCUGCCUUCCCCAAACAGGUCCAUCUACAUCUACCUCAAAUUCUAGUAAGACUGAGGCAACCACGAAUCAGCACAAAGCAUGCCGACCUGACGCAUCGAAUGCACCAUUUGAUCAGCUUCCUGAACCUAAAAGUGGCCCAGUGUUUUCCUCAAAAACUCAAGAUGUUGAGUGUGAGUACCCUAGUCCAACCCCAAAACUGGAGAGGAAGGAGCCUUCCAUGAACCAGUCAGGAUCAACAUCAGUAGCACCUGAAGAUUUAGCUACAAACACAUGCGUCCACUCUUUGAUAUCUUUUGUAUCAGAACCAUUGGGCCAACCUGCUAGUAAAAUUGAUAGCUUGCAUUCACUCGAGGAAAGAUCAUGUCUAGAAGAAAGACAUUUAAGAGAUAGGGAAACUAUCACUCAAAUGAAGCAUCUAUUUGAAGAGACUACAGUAAAGAGAAAUAACAAACUGGUUAAUCCUGUAUCUGAUGCUGAAGGGAUUGCUGUAUCAGAUGUGUUGGAAUCGUUAACGGAACAAAGUUGUGAAAAAUAUAGUAUACAUGAAGCCGUGCCUUCAGAAAAUUUUGUGCCAGCUUCAGCUGAGGAAGAACAACCACAAUGCUCUAGUCCUAUUGCAUUGUCACCUUGGGGUGAACCAAAUUACUAUCAGGGUGAAGCUGUUGAUUCUGCUCUGUGGGGUGUACAAGAUGACCCUGGAAAUGACAUGUGGUCAAUGCCUUCACCAACACCUGCUCUCCAACCUUCCUCAGGUCUUGGAACUGAUGGAAAAGACGCUUCAUGCAUCAUAGAGGAGGUGAUAGCAGACCGAGGAAGUAAUAUUUUUGUUGAAACAUUACCAACACAAGGGGAGAAAAAGAUGCAACAGGGAAACUCAGGUGCCUCCACAGGUCCUGGAGAAACAGAGGAGGUAAAACCAAAACCAAGCGCUGCAUCAGGUCCAUCCCUAGAUGGGAGCACAAAAGCUUCAGGUUGGCAACCCUCAGGCUCAUCUCUAGAGGGGAGUGCAAAAGCUUCAGGUUGGAGACCACCAGCUUUAUCGCUUGAAGGGGUUACUAAUGAUUCAGGUUCGCAACCAUCAUGUCUCUCUACACAAGGAAGCGCAAAAGCUUCAGGUUGGCAGCGAUCAAGUUCAUCUCCAGAUGAGAGCAGAAAAGCCUCAGGUUGGCAGCGAUCAAGUUCAUCUCCAGAUGGGAGCAGAAAAGCCUCAGGUUGGCAAGCACCAGCUUCGUCUACAGAGGGUGCAUGGCGCCGAUCAAGUACGUCGCCAGAUGGGUGCAUAAAAGCUUCAGGUUGGCAAAGGUCAGGUUCUUUCACCCAGGGAAGUGCCAAAGCUUCUGGCUGGCAACCCUCAGGUUCUUCUGCAGAUGGGAGCACAAAAGUUGAUGGCCGGCAACGAACAAGUUCAUCUCCAGAGGGAACCAGAAAAUCUUCAGGUUUGCAUUGGUCUGGUCGUGAGAGCUCAAAGGUUAAAUCGGUUUCUGGUGCCAGCGAAAACCGUAAAUCAUCUAGUCACCAAGCGACUACACCAACAGGCAGGCACUCUGUGGAAGCCCCAAAGAGACAUGGAAACGGUGACAAUAGUUCUUCUGUCUGGGAUGAGGCUCUCGGAAACUCUCGGGAAGCUUCAAAGAGACAGGGAAAUGGCGACAAGAAUGCAGGUUGGGGAGAGGCUCUAGGAAGCAACAGGAGCUGGAAUCCAUCCUCUGGCAAUGCCAGUCGGGGCAGCCAGGGGAGUCACCACCAUGACAGGCACUCCCAUGGCACCGAAUUCCGGCGGGGCAGCUCAAACCACCCUCGGAGUCCUCGGAGGUACGACUACCGUCAUGAUCAUGGCAGCGGUGGGUCAUCCAGGUCGUCAAGAGGGCAGCCCCAAAGAGGGGUCUGCAAAUACUACGAGAAUGGCCACUGCUACAAGGGUUUGAAGUGCCAGUACCUGCACCGUUGAUCUCCGCGGUAGCAAAACGAUGCGCCGUUGCCUCGUCGGCUUCACAUUUUUGUAUAGUCCCAUAUGGUCACCUACUCACCUCGUAGUCAGUAUAGGAGCAAAGCUUAUUAACCGAGUUGGCACCACCAGGUUGCUAGUAGUGUAUAUCCAUCAGAGCAGGAAUAUGAUUAAACUAGCAUUUGAAGCUUACAGGGUCCACUAAUUUGUGCCCGUGAAGGUAGGUUCUCAACUUUUUGAAAGCAA